GUUACGACUCAGUAUCGAAUUUAAGAACCAAAUAGCCCGCCGCCGCUGCCUCUUUCGCCCAAAUCCCUUCCGGCGACCGGUGAAUUCAAUCGAUUAAUUAAGCAGAGAUUCGAUCGAGCAUUUGAAAUCAGAACACUAUGUUUCGAUCCAUCUUUGAUGCUUCUUUUCUUAGGGCAGAAUUUGAUGCCGCCGGUAUAAAUUCACAGUUCAUUCCUCUCAUCUGGAAGCACGUGAUUAGGAACCCUAAUUGUGAAUGGACAGAAAUCCCUUCUCUGCCUACGGCGGCUUACUCGCUGCUCCAGUCCAAGUUCAAGACCACCACCUCGGUUGUGCAUUCUGUUCUGGAUUCAAAUGACGAGGUUACAACCAAACUUCUCAUUAAACUACAGAAUGGAGCAUUUAUUGAAGCUGUGAUAAUGAGAUAUGACUCCCGCUUGGGAAAAUAUGGUGGACAGUCUCGCCCUGGUGGAUUAAGGUCAACAUUGUGCAUAUCUUCUCAGGUUGGUUGCAAGAUGGGUUGCAGAUUUUGUGCAACUGGCAGCAUGGGGUUCAAAAACAACCUAUCUUCGGGAGAAAUUAUUGAGCAAUUGGUGCAUGCCUUGCAAAUCUCCCAGAUAAGGAAUAUUGUAUUUAUGGGAAUGGGAGAACCUUUAAAUAACUACACUUCUUUGGUAGAAUCAAUACGUGUCAUGACUGCAUUUCCAUUUCAAUUGUCACCAAGGAAAAUUACUGUCUCAACGGUUGGUAUAGUCCACGCCAUCAAGAAACUUCAUUAUGAUUUACCUAACUUGAACCUAGCAGUGUCUCUGCAUGCACCCGUUCAAGAGGUUCGAUGUCAGAUAAUGCCUGCAGCCCGGGCUUUUCCUUUGGAAAAACUCAUGGGUAGCCUACAGGAAUAUCAGCAGAACAGUCAGCAGAAAAUAUUGAUCGAGUAUAUUAUGCUUGAUGGGGUGAAUGAUGAAGAACAGCAUGCUCACCUGCUCGCUAAAUUGUUAAACACAUUUGAAGUGGUUGUGAACCUCAUACCUUUCAAUCCCAUAGGUUCACUUAGUCAGUUCAAAACCAGCAAAGAGCAGAGUGUUUUGGAAUUCCAGAAAAUACUGAGAGGCACAUAUAACAUCCGAACAACCAUCCGCAGGGAAAUGGGCCAAGACAUAAGUGGUGCAUGCGGUCAACUUGUGGUUAACCUUUCCGAUAAGAAGUUAACAAGUACUGGUCUCAUCACUGAUAUUGAAGACCUUCGUCCAUGAUAUAGUAAGUUUAUUUAGUCGUUCAAAUUCGUGCACGGUUGAAUUUAGAGCGACCUAACAAUUUCUCAAAAGAUGGAGUAAUAUUUUUGCAUAUCUUCUGUUAACUCAUCAUCAUCAUGUCAACUUGCUAUCUUGAUUGAUCCUGGCCUUUUUGGCCUUUAUAUUAAAGAUUUAAAUUCUGAAA